ACAGCCCCGGGACCCCGCACCCAUGGGCGGCUGCCGGGCCCCGCCGCCUCCCGGGGGGGCUCCUCGCCGUCCUCGGCCCCCGGUACCGGGCAGCGCCGGCGGGACACAGCCCGGGGACUGAGGGAAACCCGGGAAGAGGCCACGGGAAGCUCGGGAAAUCCCGCGGGAUGGAGAGCAAGGCCGUGGAUCUCCACACCUUCUCCGAGCGGGAGAACGGAUCCGAGCUGGAGGAGCCCUUCGAGGGACGGAGCCUUUCCAAGCUGAACCUCUGCGAGGACGAUCCCGGCCGGAGGACGCGGCCCUGGGCGCGCGGCGGCCGGAUGGGCUCGGUGGCGGCGCUGAAAUAUUCCGUGGUGGGGCUUUACCUCCUGGUGCUCCUCAUCCUGGUGGGAAUCUUCAUCCUGGCAGGUGAGGCCGGCCCCGAGAACUUUCCGGAGAUUCCACGGAAUUCCCAGGCCGGGAGGG